CUAGAGAAAAAUGAAAAGUCCUCCUACAAGCUUUAACCAGUGCUCUGCUGGACACUGAUAGAAGUCACAAGACUGCUCUAACUGCUGAUGAGCAAAGGUAUUUAGCAGUUUAUAUUUACUAAAAUAAUUGCAUUUCCAUGUUCUGUGUACUGUGGGAGACCAGAUAUAGUGAAUGCAGGGUCCGGGGAGAGCGUAUAUAGUGAAUGCAGGGUCCGGGGAGACCAGAUAUAGUGAAUGCAGGGUCCGGGGAGACCAGAUAUAGUGAAUGCAUGGUCCAGGGAGACCAGAUAUAGUGAAUGCAGGGUCUGGGGAGAGCGAUAUAGUGAAUGCAGGGUGCGGGGAGACCGGAUAUAGUGAAUGCGGGAGUCUGGUGAGAGCGGAUAUAGUGAAUGCGGGUCCGGGGAGAUCAGAUAUAGUGAAUGCAGGGUCCGGGGAGACCGGAUAUAGUGAAUGCAGGGUCCGGGGA